AUGGAUGACUCUUUUGACAGCUGCGACUCAGAUUGGAAUCUACCUUCUGAUAUCUUUAUUAGUGAUUCCUCUGAAGACGAAGAAAUUGAUUUAGAAGAUGUUCGUUUAUGGUGCAAAAUCGACAUUGAGAACCCACCACCACCUCAUCCGAGAUUCCCUUUUACCAACAUUCCAGGACUUACAUUUCAUGUUCAAGAUCCAAGUGACCCCUUAGAAUUUUUUCGGAGAUUUUUCGAUGAUGAAAUUUUGAAGUUCAUCGUUGAUGAAACGAAUAGUUUUGCCGAUGAAUAUUUUUUGACGAAUGAUGUCACUCCUCACUCAAGAAGCUUGCAAUGGCGCGAGACAACGAUAGAAGAAUUGCUAGUUUUCUUUGCAUUAAUCAUUUUGCAAGGAAUAAUCAAGAAACCUCAGAAAAAAAUGUAUUGGACGAAAACUGAAGUUUUAGAAACGCCAUUUUUUGGAAAAAUUAUGACCGAAAAACGAUUUAGUUUACUAAUGAAGUUUCUUCAUUUUGAAGACAAAAAUACAGAAAAUGAAGAGCAGGUCAAAUUGAAAAAGAUAUGGCCUGUAGUUCAGAUGUUGACGACAAGAUUUUGUUCAAGCUAUAGUCUUGAACGUGAUAUAUGCAUCGAUGAGUCAUUGCUGUUAUUUAAAGGUAGAUUGGCUUGGAAGCAACCAACAAAAAGAGCUAGAUUUGGGGUCACGUAUUUUGUUAUUUGUGAAUCCGCAUCUGGCUAUGCAUCAAACCUAAUUAUAUGCACAGGCAAAGACACAGAAUUCAACCUAAAAUUUGCAGAAUACAAUGUGGCAACAAGAUGCGUUUUGAGUCUUAUUGAAGAGCACUUAAACAAAGGACAUUGCUUAAUCACUGACAAUUUUUACACUUCCCCGGAAUUGGCAGAAAUACUGAUAAAGCACAAGACCGACACAUACGGCACGAUGAAGACUAAUAGGAAGGACCUUCCAAAAGAAAUACGUGAUAAGAAUUCCAAGGAAGAAAAUAUAACAGCAUUUCACAGAGGAAAAAUUAUGGUGAUGAAGUGGCAAGACAAAAAACCGGUUACCAUGCUUAGUACGGUUCAUGCUGUUAAAUUUCAAGAAUUUGAAAAACGAAACAAAACAGUUAAAAAACCAGAAGCUGUACUGGACUAUAACAUCACUAUGGGUGGCGUCUAUAGGAUGGAUGCAUGCAUAUCAAAUUAUGGAGCUAAGCGUUCGCGCCAAAAUUAUAAAUAA